UGCCAAGUCUCUUACACAGAUAAAAAUUAAGUCAGAGAAAAGUAGAGAUUGUUCUAGAAGCUGGUGGCAACUUCUCUGGGGAGACACUGCAAAAUCAGGUAACAGUGAGAACAUGAAGCUGCCACUUUUGAUGUUUCCCGUGUGUCUGCUAUGGUUGAAAGACUGUCAUUGUGCACCUACUUGGAAGGACAAAACUGCCAUCAGUGAAAACGCGAACAGUUUUUCUGAGGCUGGGGAGAUAGACGUAGAUGGAGAGGUGAAGAUAGCUUUGAUUGGCAUUAAACAGAUGAAAAUCAUGAUGGAAAGGAGAGAGGAAGAACACAGCAAACUAAUGAAAACCUUGAAGAAGUGCAAAGAAGAAAAGCAGGAGGCCCUGAAACUUAUGAAUGAAGUUCAUGAACACCUGGAGGAGGAAGAAAGCUUAUGCCAGGUUUCUCUGGCAGAUUCCUGGGAUGAAUGCAGGGCUUGCCUGGAAAGUAACUGCAUGAGGUUUGAUACCACCUGCCAACCUGCAUGGUCCUCUGUGAAAAAUAUGGUGGAACAGUUUUUCAGGAAGAUCUAUCAGUUUCUGUUUCCUCUCCAGGAAAAUGACAGAAGUGGCCCUGUCAGCAAAGGGGUCACUGAGGAAGAUGCGCAGGUGUCACACAUAGAGCAUGUGUUCAGCCAGCUGAGCGCAGAUGUGACAUCUCUCUUCAACAGAAGCCUUUACGUCUUCAAACAGCUGCGGCGAGAAUUUGACCAGGCUUUUCAGUCAUAUUUCACAUCGGGGACUGACGUUACAGAGCCUUUCUUUUUUCCAUCUUUGUCCAAGGAGCCAGCCUACAGAGCAGAUGCUGAGCCAAGCUGGGCCAUUCCCAAUGUCUUCCAGCUGCUCUGCAACUUGAGUUUCUCAGUUUAUCAAAGUGUCAGUGAAAAACUCAUCACAACCCUGCGUGCCACAGAGGACCCUCCAAAACAAGACAAAGACUCCAACCAGGGAGGCCCGAUUUCAAAGAUACUACCUGAGCAAGACAGAGGCUCAGAUGGGAAACUUGGCCAGAAUUUGUCUGAUUGCGUUAAUUUUCGCAAGAGAUGCCAGAAAUGCCAGGAUUAUCUAUCUGAUGACUGCCCUAAUGUGCCUGAACUAUACAGAGAACUCAAUGAGGCCCUCCGACUGGUCAGUAGAUCCAAUCAGCAAUACGACCAGGUGGUGCAGAUGACCCAGUAUCACCUGGAAGACACCACGCUUCUGAUGGAGAAGAUGAGAGAGCAGUUUGGCUGGGUUUCUGAACUGGCAUACCAGUCCCCAGGAGCUGAGGACAUCUUUAAUCCAGUGAAAGUAAUGGUAGCCCUAAGUGCUCAUGAAGGAAAUUCUUCUGAUCAAGAUGACACAGUGGUUCCUUCAAGCCUCCUGCCUUCCUCUAACUUCACACUCAGCAGCCCUCUUGAAAAGAGUGCUGGCAACGCUAACUUCAUUGAUCACGUGGUAGAGAAGGUUCUUCAGCACUUUAAGGAGCACUUUAAAACUUGGUAAGAAGAUUUAGUCCAUCCUAUAAUCAGCAAGAAUUACACCUUCGGCCAAGACCUGAGAAUUCUGAAAAUACAAAGCAGGCUAACACAAUGAACACAGCUGCAUGAAAGUUAGGUAUAUAUUAGGAAGCACUAUUGGUUUACUUUGUUGAAUGGAAGUUUAAUAGCUAUUCAAAUUGAGUUAAUAUAAAAAUUUCUUCCUAAAAAGUAAAAUGUACAUAUGUAGAAUAUGAUGCAUUAGUUCUUUGUAUACUAAAUAAAUACUGAGUCACCUA